AUGGUUGUUGCUCGCGGUGCGCUGUUGGAAAAAGGGGAUGAUUCUACAGUCCUUUGUGUGUCUUAUCACCUUCGCAAGCUAGCCGUGGCGCUUUCUACGAAGAAUGGAUUCCAAGUGGUCAUCUACAAGUUCGAGCGUGGCCGUGGGAUUCCGAAAUAUCGCAAGGAUAUAGACCGGAAGAUUGUGCAUAUCCAAUGGAAGUCAAAUGGAGCCGUCUUCGUGAUCACCGAAGGUUUCUUCUUACACGAAUUCUCUAUCAGCGGGACCUAUAAUAAAGUGACUACCUUGGACAUGUCGCAGCUCAAGGAGAGGGAGUGGGAAAUCACUGCUGCCGAGAUCCAGAAAAUAGAGGAAUCUAAAGAAGACUGCCGGUUGUACGUGGCUUUAGCGGUCAAAUGUUCCAAAGACAUCGUGAAGUCUGCCAUCAAAUCGGGUACUGAUCUCUAUAAGAAGAACAAGAAAAAGAAGAAGAACCCGGAGCAAGAUGGAGACGAUAAUGACGAUAACACUGAUGAUGAGUUCGACGAAAGAGUGGCGCUGGCAUUUUUCCAAUUGAACAAGGAAUACAACGUCCUUUCCCAAGGCUUUUUCGAGGACUGUCAUGCGGAGCCGGUGAACACGAUGUGUUUUGAAUCUGAGGGUGUCCUCUUGACGGGAGGCGAGGACGGGAUUGUUAACGUGCUCGCCCUGAGCGAGGUCGACGAGGAUGAAGCCCUCCAAACAACGAUCCCGAUUGAAAGCUCCGUUCGACGAGUGGUGAAGCUGGACAACAACCUGAUUGGCGUAGUGACGGAUGAUAACAAACAAGUUGUAUUCCGGAUGGACUCUCCUCAGGAUUACGAAAUUCUUCAUAGACGUCAAGCUAUGCGGGACCAUUUCCUGAUCGAUAUUGUUCGUGGCCCACCAAAUACACCAGUCGCAGCGAUCGAGUAUGGACCAAAUUCUGAGACGACAAUCAUCGGCUACAAUGAGAUGGGCAAGGAUUCCGCUGUUUUGAUCCGAACGUAUGAUCAUACUGAGAUGAUCCGUACGGCUACAUUCCAAGGAAACGUGGCUUGCUUGGUUGACGAUGACAACAAUUUUUCGGCGUUUAACGUGACGAGGGAUGACCAGAACGCGGAUAACGACGAAGACGUUGCGUUGAAAAAACCAGAUCCGGCGCAAAUGGAUCAAGAUUCCCAUACAAUGGUCCCACCAGUACAGCAAAAGAAGUUUUCGCACGAGCGCUUCCAAUCGGCCAACGCGCGGAAGCACGCCAGACGUGAACACAAGGGCAAGCUCCGUAAUCCUCGUGCUCCUAUUUCUGCACCGAGUGACGACAACAGCGAGCCGAUUGAACAGCCUGUUCUUGCCAAGCGAUCCUACCCAAGGCCUGAGCCACGCGAGAACAACGGUCAGCGACAGGAACGAUCUUUCUCCGCCAAGCGACCCUAUUCCAAGCCUGAAAACAAGUACAACAACAGUCAGGCGCAACGUUCUUUCCCGGCCAAGCGUCCUUAUGCCAAGCCUGAUCAUAGCUACGAUAACGGCCAACAGUCCGAACGCCCCGCCAAGCGGUCUUAUUCUUCCGACGGCCCGAAAGCCGGCCGUGGUCUUGGUGGAUCAACUAGGAAAUUUGGACGAGGUGCAAAUGCCAUGCCACUCGGCUCCUCAGGACCCUCGACCCUUGGUGGUGGACGCUACAAGCCAUUC